AUGUUCCUCACCCUCACCCUGCUGCGGAAGGGCAUUCCUGGAAAGCAGUGGAUUGGAAAGUAUCGCCGUCCUCGACCGAUAACGUGGCAGAUGAAACGCAAUAUGUUGAAACAUUUGGACCGUGAAGCAGAGAACGAAUACUGGAUCAGCCGGGCGUACAUGACCCCAGAGCAGGAGCACUCCCACGCCGCAGAGCGCAGAGCCCAAGCCUGGCUCAAGAUCAAGGAGGGCAAAUUUGCAAAUUUUCCUCAGCAUAAGUUCAUAACGGAUCACCUGAGCCAUCUGAGAAUCACCAAGACAUGGUGA